AUGUGCACACCUGUCAUCUCCAAGCUGGCACCAGCACCCAGGUCGCUGCAGACCAAGCUCCUGAAUCAACCACGGGAGAGGAGACCGCCCAGCGCCCCUCGGGACAGACCCAGGGGUGAGGGGACAUUCCUGCCUUGCAGCCGGAUGGCGGAGAGGGAAGAACUCGAUCAUUCCCCCAGCCUUCGCAUCUCAAUUAGGCGGCGACGGCGGCCCCGCCCCUCCCCCCAGACAUCUCGGAGCCGGGGAGGUAGCAGCUGCUCAGGCCCACGCCAGGGGUCUAGCAACAAGAAUCCCUCUCAGAUGGACAUCCAGAAGGACAAGCUUUCAGAGCUGGUUGUGGGACAGACACCUGUGGCUGGGCUGAACAAGGAGCCGGACACUACACGCACGCCCCGCGUCCGCACAGCCUUCACCACAGAGCAGGUCAGCGCCUUGGAGAGCUCCUUCCAGCAGCACCAAUACCUGGGCCCCCUGGAGCGGAGGAAGCUGGCCCGGGAGAUGCAGCUGUCUGAGGUGCAGAUAAAAACAUGGUUUCAGAAUCGCCGAAUGAAACACAAACGCCAAAUGCAGGACUCCCAGCUGAAUGUCCCCUUCUCUGGGCCUCUCUGCACAUCCCUGCACACUCCCUUCUCAUCUCCCCCAGGCAGUAGUCGGCAACUACCAUUCCCUUGGGCACCACUGCCGGGGCCCCAGGCUCUGAUGCUCCCCUCUGGCUCCUUCUGGGGUCUCUGCCAAGUGGAACAAACCCCUCUGGCCUCUGCAUGGGCUUCAGGCCAAGGACAACCUUUGACAUACCAAUUCCCAGACCCUGGCAGCCAGGUGCACACACUGGGACCAGCCUUGUCUGGGGAACCCUGGGGCCUGUGUGCUCUGCCAAAGAUCAAGGGUGCCUUUUGA